GCGAGAGAUGACGCGCGGCGACUCCUCAGCAAACACUCAUGCCACUCCUCAGUCACUGACUAGAGGAAGAGGAGGAGGAGGAGGAGAGGUGGUCAUGGACCCUGGAGUGUGUGCUCUGGAGCUGCUGGGUGUGUGUUUCUCGCUGGCCGCCUGCUUGUGUUCGCUUCUCACCACCGCCAUGCCCCGCUGGCUCACGCUCUCCACGGAGCUCCUGCCCACGGAGAGCUUCGAGCUGGGCUUGUGGGGAACAUGUGUGGUGCAUGAUCUCGGGGUCACCGAGUGCAGGCCGUACGACAGUUUACUGGGUCUCCCUCCUGAUAUUCGCCUAGCCAGAAUCCUGAUGUGCGCAACGGUGGUUGCAGGUUUAAUCGGCCUGUCCUUCUCCAUCCCGGGCAUCUACCUGGUGAACAGCUGCAGACGCACUGAGAACUUCGAGACCAAGCGGACCCUGAAAAUGCUCGGUGGGAUCUUUGGCUUCGUUGCAGGAGUGCUCGGGCUCGUGCCCGUGUCUUACGUGGCGCACCUGACGGUCCUGCGCUUCUUCGACGAGAGCGUGCCGAACGUGGUUCCUCGCUGGGAGUUUGGAGACGCGCUCUUCUUCGGAUGGACCGCUGGGUGUUUGCAUGUGGUGGCCGGUUUCUUGUUGGUCACCUCUUGCUUGUAUCUGCGAGAGGAAACAUGCGCAUUACACCAGUCUAUACCGCUAAACAGAGCGCGCAUUACGCGUCCACAACGAUCUCCAUCACGCCGGAGGACAGAAUACGUGUGAGAUAUGUAACCUCUGGCCCGUUAUGGCACAGUUUUGCUUUAACUAAUGUUUUGCUGCACUGAUAAUUAUUCAAUGGUCUCUAUUGAUAUGUAAGUUGAUUGUAAAUAAAUGCUGCUACUUUCCGUUUUUAUUUUUUUAUCAGAUUGGUAACCCUUUACAAUAAGGUCCCAUUAUUCAAUAACAUCAAGCAAUACAUUUUUGCAUUAAUCUUUGUUAAUGCUAUGAAAAACACAACUAUUCAUUGUUAGUUCAUGCCAGCUCAGGUGUCAGGUCUA